AUGAAAUGUACGACGGCGGGUAGGCAGUGCACCGGCUACGGCCAGCUUCUGAGAUGGAGCGACGAUGUCGUAAAUCCUGGCAAUCGGAAAUUGAGGCAACCUACAGAGGGAAGCAAAGUAGCUGGAAAGCGACCCCGAAGACAGAUCAGCCGCGUUGAGCCUGUGCUGCCAUCCACUCAAAUAUCAGAAAAGCAAGAUAAGUCUACCUUUUGGAGUGGGAGCAAGGACAUCUCGAAGAUUCAGCUCCAGCUCUCCUUACCCUUGCUGGAUCCAUCGGUCAAAGACUUUAGCCACACAGACCGGUACUAUCUGUCGCACUUCCACAAUCGCCUAUGCCAGGAUCUGGUGACUUAUGACAUCCCCAGCCACAAUCCGUAUCGGAACCUCAUCUCUCUCACUCGAGAUCACGCAUUCUUGCUUCAGGCUGUGAUAGCGAAUUCGGCGAUCCACCUUUCAAAUCUGCAUUCCAGCCCACCAUCCCUUGAAUUAUGUAGUAGUGGCGGUGGUACUGCUAAGUCGAUAACGACAGCUGCAGAUAAGGUGUCUCAACUCAGAAGAGAUGCUUUCAAUGCCGAGCAAAAGGCACUGCAGGCACUCAGGGAGGCGCCACAGCCGACCCGUGGAGUUGAGCGAGAUGUGAUUUUGAGCACAAUACUGCUGUUCAUCAAUUUCGAGCUCAUGAGCUCGGGAAAGAAUCGCUGGAAGGUGCACGUGGAAGGGGCAAGGAAAAUUAUUGCCAAUUUUCAACCCCACAAAGAAUCUGCGGAUACGGAAACAGGCAUGUUGCACGAUUAUGUAGUGGCUGACUGCCUCAUUUAUUACGUACUUGGAUCCGCCUUCUCAUCGCCGAAGCCUGACUCGGAGAGUGACAAGCAACACCUGAAGCUGAUUGAAAUGCUCGAACGGGGAGAACUGAACAGUUAUCUAUCAUGCCCAGCCGGAUUUCUUCAAAUUAUUCUUUUGGCAUCUCACUUCUCUCGACCAGUGCAAAACCCAUUGCAUAACCGUUCAGCGGGAGAUGGUGGCUUUCAACUCCAGCGGGGUCUUGAGCUGAUGAACAAAGUCAACUCAUUCGAUCUGAAUGCCUGGGCAGCUGGCGUGCAAGGACUCGCUUUACAGAACGACUACCCAAGCCGGCUGCAUGUAGCAUCUGCGCACAGAUCGGCAAUAUGCUUGUACAUCAACAGGGCGGUCGCUUCAGGUGCACUCCUCGACGAGACGGGUGUGCAAAUGCUAGUAGCAGAUACAAUCGACCACUUAUCAUACAUUCGCCCAGGAAAUCAUUUGCUAAAGAGCACAUCGUGGCCUACAUUUAUUGCAGGAAUUGAGGCGAGGGACCCAAAGCAGCAACGCUGGGCAGUAGAACACCUUUCCGCCCUUUGGGGAAUGCUUCCUUGGGGAUACAUACAUACUGCCGUGGAGAUGUUGGCAAUGACCUGGGGGUUAAACGCGGCGGAUCGUGUCAACAAAGCUGUUCGCAGGGAGAGCUGGCCUAAGCUCUUGUUCGGAAAGGAUUGGAUUGUGGUCUAA